AUGUCUCCAAGUUUAGAUUUUUCCAAGUGGGGUUGGGUUAAAGAAGCCUCAAAUUCAACUUCAUCUUCAAUGAAAGGUAACCCUGUUGUGGUUACUAUGGAGAAUCCAAAUUACUCAGUGCUUGAAAUAAAUGGUCCUGAUUCAGCUUUUCAACCAGUUAACAAAGAUAGAACCAAAAAUGCUAAACAAUUCACAUGGGUUUUGCUUCUCAAAGCUCAUAAAGCUGUAAAUUGUGUUGCUUGGAUUGGAAACUCUCUUUGUUCUUUGCUAAGUUCUGUAAAAAAAAGACUGUUUUUUGGUGCUGUGGAAAGUGAUGAGAGUGAUAAAUCUAUGAAAGCAAAGGUGCUUUUUAGAGUGAUUGUUGCUUUUCUGGUGGUGGCUAUGGCAUUUCUUUUGUUUGAAAUUGUUGCUCAUUUCAAAGGUUUGUACUAUUUUCACAACCAUAAUUUGCAUGUUCCACAAACUUGGGAGAUCAAAGGGUUGUUUCAUGAGGUUUAUGUUAAGUGGUUGGAGUUUAGGGUUGAUUAUAUUGCACCGCCAAUUCAAUACCUUUCAAAUUUCUGCAUAAUUCUGUUCUUGAUUCAGUCUAUUGAUCGAAUGGUGUUGUGUCUUGGUUGCUUUUGGAUCAAAUUCAAAAAGAUUAAGCCUUUGGUUGUUGAGGGAAAUGUGGAAGAUGAUUUGGAAGGUUCAAAUUAUGGUUACCCUUUGGUGCUUGUUCAGAUUCCUAUGUGCAAUGAGAAAGAGGUAUAUGAACAAUCUAUUUCUGCAGUCUGUCAACUUGAUUGGCCGAAAGAUCGGUUACUUGUUCAAGUUCUCGACGACUCUGAUGAUGAGAGCAUACAGUGGUUGAUCAAAGGAGAAGUCGCGAAGUGGAGUCAGAAAGGCAUCAAUAUCAUCUACCGUCAUAGGAAGUUUAGAACUGGUUAUAAAGCAGGAAAUCUCAAGUCUGCGAUGAACUGUGAUUAUGUGAAGGAUUACGAGUUCGUUGCAAUUUUCGAUGCCGAUUUCCAACCGUGUCCUGAUUUCCUCAAGCAAACAGUUCCACAUUUUAAGGGAAAUCCCGAGUUGGCAUUGGUUCAAGCUAGGUGGACUUUUGUGAACAAGGAUGAGAAUUUACUCACGAGACUUCAAAAUAUUAAUUUGUGUUUCCACUUUGAGGUUGAACAACAGGUUAACGGAAUCUUCCUUAAUUUUUUCGGUUUUAAUGGUACUGCUGGUGUUUGGAGAGUAAAAGCACUUGAAGAAUCCGGUGGCUGGCUCGAGCGAACUACCGUAGAAGACAUGGAUAUAGCCGUCCGGGCGCAUCUAAAUGGCUGGAAGUUUAUCUAUCUCAAUGAUGUAAAGGUACUUUGUGAGCUUCCUGAAUCAUAUGAAGCGUAUAAGAAACAACAACAUCGAUGGCAUUCGGGUCCGAUGCAACUCUUUCGCGUGUGCCUUCCAGCGAUCAUAACCUCUAAGAUCGCGUUCUGGAAGAAAACAAACCUUAUACUUCUAUUCUUUCUACUCCGAAAGCUAAUCCUACCAUUCUAUUCUUUCACAUUAUUCUGCAUCAUUCUUCCAUUAACAAUGUUUGUCCCCGAAGCCGAGCUUCCUAUUUGGGUUAUUUGUUACAUUCCUGUAUUCAUGUCAUUCUUGAACAUUCUUCCCGCCCCGAAAUCCUUUCCCUUCAUCGUCCCUUACCUACUUUUCGAGAACACUAUGUCAGUAACCAAAUUCAACGCAAUGGUAUCCGGUUUGUUCCAGCUAGGAAGCUCGUACGAAUGGAUCGUCACCAAAAAAUCAGGUCGUUCGUCUGAGCCUGACCUAUUAGCUGCUGAAGAACGCGAUUCAAAGGCAAUGAGUCUUCAACUUCACCGAGGGACUUCUGAUAGUGGUCUCUCCGAACUUACCAAGAUAAAGAAACUCCAUGAAACCGUUCCUGCGAAGAAAAUGAACAAGAUAUAUAAGAAAGAGCUCGCACUUGCAUUCUUGUUGCUAACAGCUGCGAUUAGGAGCCUGCUAUCGUCGCAAGGAAUGCAUUUCUACUACUUAUUAUUUCAAGGUGUAGCGUUCUUGCUGGUAGGUUUGGACUUAAUUGGAGAACAAAUGAGCUAG